UUCGUUUAGUGGUUGAACAAUACCUGUUCCGGGGCCAGACACAAAAGUUGUUGUCAAGUUGGUCACGUGGUCACAACGUUUGUUCAGGAGCAGACAACUUGUCUGGGACUAAACUGCAGGAUUAUUGCAACUAUAAGUAACCAGGUAACGAAAAAAAUUGAAACCAGAGUUACCUUUCAUGUUUAAAUGGCGGAAAGGGUAGGUGGUGGUGCUCGCUUCUUCCUGUUCCAGAUUCUAGUGACGCUGUAUUGCAUAGACUGCAGUGAUUCAAUCGACACUACGCCAGAGUACGAUGUCGGAUACAACAUUACUCAAACAGCUAAAGCCAGGUGGGAGGUGACCGAUGACGGCCCGUGCACCUCACCGUGUGGGGGCAUGCAGGUGCGCCAAGUCCGAUGCGUGAGAGAUUUGAGUGGUCAAGAUGAUCCCGAAGUGGUCAACGGCACGCACUGCCCAUUACCGAUACCGGAAGUGUAUGUGCCAUGUCCAAUUCAAAUAUGUACUACAGAGUGGAUCCUGGGAAAUUAUUCUGAGUGUUCAACUACGUGUGGGACUGGAACUCAAAACCGUACUGUUAUCUGCAUGAGCACGGUGAUCAAUGGCCACCGCUACCUUGUGUCUCCCAGUGCCUGCACCUACCCAGCACCAGAGACGAUGCGGAAGUGUCACGUGGCCGACUGCCCGCAUCAAGGUCGAGUCAUUUCCAUAGAGUCGGAGAACAGCGUCAACAUUCAACUCAGGAAGAGUAAAAAACUGAAAGUUGUGAUUGGAGGAGAGGUCAAGCUGAUUCCCGGAACAACGCUGAUUGUCCAGUGCCCCGUCAAAAAUUACCCAAAGAAGCUAGUUUACUGGUCUGCAGGGUACAGGCUCAUUCCACUCAUUGGUCGCGUAAAAAGUACGAUAGGAGGCUUAAAGAUAAUGAAUGCUGACCCUGACAGGGACAGUGGACUCUACACAUGUACUGCCGGAGAUAAAAGAGCGAACAUAAUUGUUAGUUUUCUUAGGGAAGAUGAUCCGCAGUGGUCGCAGUAUAAGAGUUGGACACAGCACUCAAGGUCACCUAACAAAAAGUCUAAAGAGAAUGAAAGCACUGACCCGAAACUCCUCAGCUACGAAGGUGAACUUCAGAAAGAUCCUUCCGACCCUUCCGACCCACUGACCUACAUGCUUGGCCUGUGGUCCCAGUGCACUGCAGUAUGUGGCUCCAGUGGGGAAAUCACCAGAAACGUCACAUGUUCCAGGAUGUCGCCAAAGAUGGUCACGCUUGUCCCGGAGGAGGAAUGUCAGAAAGCAGGAUUGGUCAAACCUGAGACUACGUCAUUGUGCGGGCAGAAUUGUGCCACAUGGCAUCACGGACAGUGGUCUGAGUGCCAAGCCAAAUGUGGCCAGUAUGGAGUUAAAACACGUGCACUAACCUGCGCCUGGGAAGCGGGCGAAGCUGUUUCAACAUCUGCGUGUCCAGCAGACUCCAAACCAGCGUCCUUCAAAAAAUGUAGGUCUCCAGCAUGUACCAAAAAUUGUGUUGAUAAAUCAAAACGCUGUGGAUUCGCUCGAACCAUCAAAGUGUGUCGCUAUUUAUAUUUCCGACAACUCUGUUGUGCUUCCUGUAUGAACGAUACUUCCUCUUGGAAGAAAUAUAAAACUCGGCGCAAGGAAAAGUAGUUCUAGUUCUACAUCUGUUCUUUUAAACCAAAUCCAUACACUAUCAAAGUAGGCCCUCCUUCUGCUCUGCAAAGAUGGCUGCUAAAAUGCAAAGCUUUUAAAAAAAAACGGCCUUAUAUUAAUAUAAAUAUUUAAAAAAAAUAUCCUCCAAAAUCGAAAAAUAUAUUGGACUUUUAAUAUUUAAUAGUCAUUACAUUUGUAAAUAUUGCAUUCAUACUGUAAAUUAAUACGUUUAAGCAUUGAAAAUAUUUUAAUUUAUAAUAAAUGCAUUGCCGAUAUAUUUUCUUUCUUUCCAUGUUGUAUUUUAGAAGUGAAUGGGGAACCAGUUUAAACACUUAAGCUUUUAAAAAUAUCGAGAAGAUAUUUCAACAGAUAGUUUAGUAAGUGUACUUACCUAGUACUAAUCUUUAUUUAGAGCUUUAGUUUAGUAAGUGUACUUUCCUAGUACUAAUCUUUAUUUAGAGCUUUAGUUUAGUAAGUGUACUUUCCUAGUACUAAUCUUUAUUUAGAGCUUUAGUUUAGUAAGUGUACUUACCUAGUACUAAUCUUUAUUUAGAGCUUUAGUUUAGUAAGUGUACUUUCCUAGUACUAAUCUUUAUUUGAAGCAGGACAUAGUAUUAAGGAAAGAAGAUUUGAUUUUUUAUUUUUUUAUAUUUUUGUUUUAUUGUAUAAUGAAACAACAAUGUCAAAAAAAAAGUUUAUUACUUGACCAUUAAGUCAGAAUGACGCUGACUAUCGUUCAUUUUGCUGAAAACAUAAGAUUCGCUAUUUGAAAAAAAUAAAAGAUUCUAUCAUACUGUUCAUAGAUUUUAUGUUCAUAGAUUUUAUGCCUGGGCUUUUAUUGUAAAAUGUCUAAAAUCAUGCAAUGAAAAGAAAAUGUGCAUUUUAAUUCAAUGUAAUUUACUCUUGCUGGUGUUCUCUCCUAGUGAGAUCAAGCCCAUGCUCGUCUGUAGUCAAAGUGGACACAUGUUUUGCUUUUAUUGAGAUAUUGUGUUCUCUCCUAGUGAGACCAAGCCCAUGCUCGUCUGUAGUCAAAGUGGACACAUGUUUUGCUUUUAUUGAGAUAUUGUGUUCUCUCCUAGUGAGACCAAGCCCAUACUCGUCUGUAGUCAAAGUGGACACAUGUUUUGCUUUUAUUGAGAUACAAGUCUAAUAUUUACUAUAUUUAUGUAUGUUAUAUUUAUAUAAGAUUAAUAUAUAAUUAGGAUGUUGUCUUUUUGUAGUUUGAAUACAAGUAUUGAAUACAUGCUAAAUAAAGUUUAUUGUAUAUUUAUACACUACAGAAGAAUCUUUUA